CACUUCCUUAGGCAGGCUGUGCUGUUCCAGGGCUUGACAAACCUUUCAGUGGCAGCCCAGUUGUCACAGAGUGUUUAAAUAGGCUAACUUUAUUUCAUAUUGUGGAGGUCAACAGCUGAGAUGAAGAAAAAACUAGAGACUGGUGUAGGUAAACCCACAGAUUUGUAACGCUAAGAGGAAUAUUGAACAGGGCACAGGAUUUCAAUCUGGAGUUUAGCCUCGGUGUUAAUUUUUGAAACUUAGGUUAAGAUUUUCAUUUUGUUUAUCCUGUAUGUGCCUUCUGCAGGAUAUAUUGCAUCUUUCUCCAAAGCACCUAGUGCUAACCACUUCUGGAAACGGGAGAUGGGACUAGCUGGGCUAUGCUGUCAUAAGUUGGCUGUCAUCAUGGCUCUCACUUCUAUCAUCUGAUGAUUCUUUGGGAGCCUGUGCAAAGUAAGCUGGUGUCCAGUUUCAGAGGUAGCAAGGACUGGGUGCAGCUUGGUUGUUUUCACAACUGAAACCACUUCUGUGUCUGCCGUUACUUAGUGACAUGUUGGAAGUCUUCAUGGUACGACCUUACAGCUUCAGUCGUAGUGCCCUUAACCAAAUUAAGCUGUUGGAAUUUACCUUUACUCAGCCAUGGAGGAGGAGCUCAUACAGUAGUAAAGAUUUCCUCCCUCCUGUGGAAAUACUCAUGGCAAAUUACCAAAGUAGACAAUAUAUGCACUCUAUUUCUAGUUCACACAUAAAACUAUACCUUAUAUCAAAUAAUGUUAUAUACUUAUAUACUGAUACUAAUACAUACUUAUCUAUGCUCAUCUUAGGACACAGUACAUUUUUUCAAGAAAAUGCUCACUGUUGUGCCAAAUUCACAUUUUUUUAAUGACUAUAUGAAAGCAUCCCCAGUCUUCACUUUGGAGAGCUGGUCACUUAGGUGUACAGCAAAGUGCAGAAUGUAGUGUGGGCUGAUUUCCUUUAUCUUUGACAGAGUAAAUUAGCUCACAACAAACUCUGUUUAAUACCACAGUUGCAUCACCUCUGAUUACCUGUAUGCCUUACUGAAAUUUAUUUGAGCCUGGUUUGCAUUCGUAUGUAGUGUGGCUUCACAUUUUUAUUACUUGUUUUAGUUGUUUUCAUUAUUUGUUCCUGAGAUUUGGUUGCAAUAGCAUUUUAUUAUUUUUUUCAAGAUCUUCAGUCUCGAUCUCGGAGGUAUAUCUGCUAUUGUACUGAAUGGAUAUGAUGCAGUAAAAGAAUGCCUUGUUCAUCAAAGUGAAAUUUUUGCAGACAGACCAUCUCUUCCCUUGUUUAAGAAGCUGACAAACAUGGGAGGAAGCCGCAGUCACCUCGACAUUUUGUAGAUGCAUAUUUAGAUGAGAUGGAUUGCAAUGAAAAGGAUCCAGAAUCUACAUACUCAAGAGAAAACUUAAUUUUCUCUGUUGGAGAACUCAUCAUAGCUGGGACAGAAACCACAACAAAUGUUUUAAGAUGGGCAGUGUUAUUUAUGGCUCUUUAUCCCAACAUUCAAGGGCAAGUUCAAAAAGAAAUCGAAUUAGUCAUCGGCCCAAGCAAAAUGCCUACCUUAGAAGAGAAAAGCAAAAUGCCAUACACUGAGGCUGUUCUACAUGAAGUUCUAAGAUUCUGUAAUAUAGUUCCACUAGGUAUUUUUCAUGCAACUUCCAAAGAUACUGUUGUGCGUGGUUACUCUAUUCCUGAGGGCACUACAGUCAUUACGAACCUUUACUCUGUUCAUUUUGAUGAAAAAUAUUGGAGCAAUCCAGAAGUGUUUUUUCCUGAGAGAUUUUUGGACAGCAGUGGGCAAUUUGUCAAGAAAGAUGCAUUUAUUCCUUUUUCACUAGGAAGAAGACAUUGCCUUGGAGAACAACUAGCUCGAAUGGAAAUGUUUUUGUUUUUCACUUCAUUACUACAACGAUUUCACCUGUGUUUUCCUCAUGGCAUGAUUCCAGAUCUCAAACCAAGAUUAGGCAUGACAUUACAACCACAGCCAUACCUCAUCUGUGCAGAAAGACGAUGAAGACAAGGAUCUAGAUUGUCAGGUGAAACACAGUGUUCCAAGUUGCAGCUGAGGAUCUACUUUGACUUCUAUUUCUAAAUGUCUUCAUGUCAGAAGAACAAAAAUUUAAAGGACUUGCAGAUAAACUCUGAUUGUGCAUAAGUAAGUUAAUAGUUUCUUUUUACUUGUUUUUCACAAAAAAAAACCCUGAACCAAGAUCAUGAAACACAUCCUGUGUUUAAAGUUCACGUUUUCACUCCAGAAGUCUUCUUUUAAUUCCCAACUUCUUACUCAGCUUUUAAAUAUUUAAUUAUCUAGCAAGUCGUUUUAUUUUGAGAGGAUAUUUUUAUAAGCAUGGAGAAUAUGGCUCAAAAUGUUCAUACUCAGAUUCAUCCAUGAAAAUCUCGUUUACAUUAUUCCAGCUAAGAUGUUCUUUAUAAUUCCCCAUUAAAUUUACAUAGCUAAAAAGUUUUCAAAGGUAUCUAUUUAAAUUUCUGUAACUCAGAAUAAGCUAUCUUUUCCAGCCUUAAUAAAUUGUUUAUUGAAGGA